GGCGCAGAUGCGUGAGAGGGAAUAUUCUCAUCAAUUUUUGAUGGGCUUGAAUGAUGUUUUGUAUGGAACCUUGCGGUCGAACUUUCUUGCCCAAGAAACCAUACUUCCUGUGGCAAGAACAUACAACAUUCUUGUCUAAGAUGAAACAUCACGGAAUGGGAUGCACAAUGGAGAAAGCAAAGAGGCAGGUGCGUCUGUGUUUGCUGUGAAAAACAAGAAGGAGGUCAAGGAACUUGUGUGCUCUCAUUGUGGCAAAGGAGGACAUGAUGUUGAGGCAUGCUACAAGCUCAUUGGAUACCCGGAGGGAUGGAUUUUUCGAGACCAGGCUGGAAGAGGAAGAGGGAACAACCGUGGGAGAGGGAACUUCUGCGGUCCAGGAAGAGGAGCGGGACGGUCGACCGUCACGGGCGGUCGAAGUGAAACACCUAGAGAGGAUGCAUUAAGAAGCAACUCAACCACCAGUUACUUUGAAGAUGCUGAGGAACUGUCCACGAGGGAUCAUCUGGACCGUUCCUGGAGGAACGGUGGACCGUCGGGAAAUGGAGAUGCAGAAGAGCUACAGACGAUCGACCUAGUGGACCGUGCCGAUGACCACGGUCGACCGUCGGAAGGGCAGAAUGACGGGCCCUCAGGAGAAGAAUCAACGGUCGACCGUGUCAUGGAGGACGGUCGACCGUCCUCGAGGCAGAAAACUGAUGCACCAGCGCAGCUACAGAUGGUCGACCCCGUGGACCGUUCCACGGAUGGCAGUCGACCGUCCCUGAGGCAGAAAUCUGAUGAACCAGCGACGCUACAGACGGUCGACCCCGUGGACCGUUCCACGGAUGGCGGUCGACCGUCCUCUUCCCAGCAAGCAGUGGAGACUUUGGGGCGUAGUCAGAGGGAAAGACGCCCAAAUCACCGAACACAGAGCAAGGCAGGGAAACGGAGACUCAUCCUAACGGCGUCCAUCCUCCGGUGCCGGCGGCGGAAGAACAGCUCAGCGACCAACAGCGGCGGCAGCGGUUCCCCCACCUACGGCGACAGCCCUCUCAGCAGCGGCAACACCCUCCACCAACACUGGCGGCAACGUGCUGGACACGGCGGUGGCACACCUCCGGCAGCAGCAGCAGCCUUCGAAGACAUCAACAACCAGAAACCCACCAUCGAGAAAGAAGAACAGAGCAGGAGCAGAACGGCGGAGGAGAAAACAAAACAGGGAAGAACAGAUGAAGGAGAAUAACACCCGGCAAUAUAAUCCCAAUUCACAUUCCCAAACCCGACACGAUCCAUCAAGAGAUUCAUAAUUCAAUUCACAAAUUCAUCAUCAAUUACACGAAAAUAUAUCAACGAAUCCUAAUCUAUGAAUUAACUCUAACGAGAGAUAAAUCACUCACCUCAAU